AAGAUAGAAGAAAUGCACACCGAGAACUUUAAGUUUCAGCGUAAAGGCAACGAAGAGCAGCAUAAAGUGAAUGUGAAAAUUCAUAGGAAACUGAAAGAGGCCGAGCAAUGUCUCAACGAAUCCAAUGAUACGUCAGGAGCUGUCGCAGGUGCGAAGGACAAAAUAAUCGAAGGUUUAGGUCUACGCAAGGCGGUUUCAGAUGAAGUAGAGGCAUCGGGAGCAGUUACCAGCAAGCUUCGGAAACUAUCAGAUAGCAUGGCAUCUCACCUGGUGCAUUCGGGAAGUGAUGGGACUGUUAACAAGUAUUAUUCAGCAUUUAAGAGAUGGGAAACAUUUAUUACCACAGAGGGUGGCAGAGCGAUCCCGGCUGAGUCUAUUCAAUUAGCUUUAUGCCUGACGAGUUUGAUCGACGGAGGAAAAUCUCCAAGUGUCAUUCAAGUUUAG